AUGAAGAAACACAGAGGUAAUUACAUACCUAGUUGGGCGCGUAAAACUCCUUGCGCCCCUACAAAACGAUCAAGAAAAACGAUAUGCAAUGAAGGCAGACUCCAAUCAUUUCAAGAUGUUAUGGGAAAUAGGGAAGAAGUACGAAAGGCAGAGUCGGAAGGAAAAAUAACGAAAAACGUUAUCGAUUUACGUGAAACUCCCAUGUAUUCAAAUGAUGAUUUGGCUGUGAGAAUGCUUGCACCUUUUCCAUCUGAAUCAAACAAUUUCAAUAAAUUAAAAGACGCCAUUCCGUUUCACAUUCCACAUAAAAGAAUACUUCACACAUUGAGUUUUAAAGUUCCAGAAAUUGAACCAUUGUUGUUUUUUAUUAUAUGA